AAAUAAUGAUAAAUUUUUAUUUAAAAUUUUAUGGAUGUAUCCAAGAAAAAGAGACUGUUAUCACCCUGGGUAACGUGUAAUCAAAAAAAUUAUUUUAAAAGCAAUAAUUGGCUUAAAAUAAUAAUAAUAAUGGGUGAUGAAUCACAAUUGGCAAAAACUAGAACGACAUCGUUGAAGAGUUUUACUAAAAAAAUGACAGCCAUGCCUGGAUCAGGUAAAAAAUCAUCAAAGAUUUCAGAAACAAGUAGAGAUCAACUGAGUAUCACAAAAAGUCGUGCAUCAAGAGUUGAUCUUGGUGGUGGUGGUGAUAUGGAUUGGUUACGUGGUAAAAUUUUUUUAAAACCAGAAGAUCAACUUCAAUUAACUGAAGCAGAAUUACAAGAAGAGUAUGCAAGAGUAUUGACAAUGAAUGAUACGAGAGUACCAGAUUCUCUUGUUGAAUGGUCAUGGAAAAAAAUGGAAUUUGUUAAAUUACCAAAACCAAAAAAUAUUGUUAAUAUUUUGAGUGUACCUGGUACUUUAUUGCAUCGUGAUUCAGAAGAGGCUAAAAAACAAAUGGCUGGUCAUUGUUUAGCUGCUGAAGAGCCAAUUGAAAAACCAGUACAAGUUGAAGAUAUACCUGUGACUGAAGAGGAUGAAGAGGAAGAUGUUGAAGAAGCUGAAGAUGGAGGAGAUGAAAAACAAGCUGAUGGAACUGGUGAACCAGAAGUUGAAGCUGAAGAAGAGGAUAUGGGAUUAAAAAAACCAAAAAAAGUACCAAAUCAAUUUAAUUUUUGUGAACGAGCAACUUUGACAUACAACAAUCCAAUAAGAGACAUGAGCACACAGACAGUUCCUCCACCAACAGCAUCAUUUAACUCUCAUGUUUUUCAAUGGACAAUAUUCGAUGACUAUCAAGAUGAUUAUGCAAAACAACAAAUUGAACGUGAAAAAGAACGUAAAUUACCAGCAGUACAAACUAAAAAAGAUGAUAAUUUUAAAAAAAAAGCACAAGCUGAUGCAAUUGCAGUGACACAAAGAAUGUUACAAGCUGCUAAAACACUUGAACGUAUGGUUAAUCAAAAUAUAUUUGAUGAAAUUGCUCAAGAUUAUCGUUACUGGAAUGAUCCAAGUGAUGAAUUUAAAGAUGGUGAAGGAUCAUUAUUACCACUAUGGAAAUUUCAAUAUGAUAAAACAAAAAAACAUGAUGUUACUGAUCUUUGUUUCAAUGCCAGAUAUUAUGAUUUAUUUGCUGUUGCUUUUGGAACAAUGUCAUUUAAUAGUUCAAUAACAACUGGAUCAGUUUGUUUAUUUAGUUUAAAAAAUCCAUCAUAUCCAGAAUGGAUUUGCAUGACUGAAUCACCAGUAAUGUCACUGGAUUUUAGUAAACAACAUCCUCAUCUUCUUGUUAUAGGUUUAAAAGAUGGAACAGUUGCUGUUUAUAAUAUAAUGUUACCACCAACAUCACCACAAUAUAAAAGUGAUGAUGUAUCUCAAAAACAUCGAGGAAUUGUCUGGGAGGUAAGAUGGGCACCUGAUACAGAUGAAGGAAAUUUAACAUUUUACAGUGUUAGUAUUGAUGGUAAAAUAAAUCACUGGACAUUAAAUCAAAAUGAAUUGGGUCAUACGACAAUUAUGACAUUGUAUCUUGAUCGUCCACCAAUUCCAGGACCUGAUGGAACACUCAUAACUCUCAAGGGAUGUGGUACAUGCAUUGCAUUUCAUCCAACAGAUCCAGAAUUAUUUCUUGUUGGUACUGAAGAAGGUACUAUUUAUAAAUGUAACACAGCAUUUAGUAGUGUCUACAUGAUGACAUAUGAUGAGGCACAUCAUAUGCCUGUUUAUAGAAUUGUAUUUAAUAAUUUUAAUUCAAGUAUAUUUGCAAGUUGUUCUGGUGAUUGGAGAAUUAAAAUUUGGGAAGACAAUAGAUUAGAACCUUUGUAUAUGUUUGAUCUUGGUGUACCAAUUGGUGAUGUACAAUGGGCACCAUAUAGCUCAACGGUAUUUGCUUGUGUUUCUGAUGAUGGUAGAGUUACUGUGUUUGAUUUAAAUGUUAAUAAAUAUAGACCAAUUUGUAGUCAACCAAUUGUCAGUAAAAAACGUUGUAAAUUAACAAGAUUAGCAUUUAAUCGAGAACUACCUUUUAUCAUCGUUGGUGAUGACAAAGGAACAAUUAAUACUUUAAAAUUAUCACCAAAUUUACGAGUCAAAGUUAAACCAACAAAAAAACAAAUGCAAAUGUCGCAUGCAGAAUUGGAAUCAAUGAAAUUAGAAAAAUUAUUAAGUUUUGUUAGAGAACCAGCUGUUUUAGUUCCACCACCAGAUGUCAAAGUGUCAUCAUCAAGUUAA